AUGGAGGAGAAAAUGAGAAUUCGCGGAGUAAUGCAGUCAACAUUUGCAGAAACAGGGCUAGGUUUAAUCAACGGCUGUGAUUCGUCGCAUCUCAAUCGUUGCAACUUUCCAUCUGGUUUUUUAUUUGGAGCUGGCUCAUCUGCCUAUCAAUAUGAAGGCAGUGCUUUUGAAGGUGGGAAAGGACCAAGCAUAUGGGACACUUUCACCCACAAAUAUCCAGUAUCCGAUGGGAGCUACGGAGACGUGGCCAUCGACUUCUACAAUUUAUACAAGGAUGACGUGAAAUUGAUGAAGCAUAUAGGAUUGGAUGCUUUCAGGAUUUCAAUUUCUUGGCCACGAAUAUUACCUCAUGGAAAGCUAAGUGGGGGAGUGAACAAGGAAGGCAUUACCUUUUACAACAAUGUUUUUAAUGAGCUCAUUGCAAACGGUAUAACCCCAUUUGUUACUCUAUUUCAUUGGGACCUUCCUCAAGAACUUGAGGAUGAGUAUAAUGGUUUUCUUAGCCCUCUAAUUAUUGAUGAUUUUAGAAAUUUUGCGGAGCUUUGCUUCGAAGAAUUUGGCGACCGGAUAAAGCAUUGGAUCACGGUUAACGAGCCGUACAUUUUCAUCAUAUGUGGCUACGAUGGAGGCUUCGCCGGAAACUUUGCUCCGGGGCGGUGCUCUUCUCCGGACAAUUGCGUGCAAGGGGAUUCCGCCACCGAGCCUUAUAUUGCCGCCCAUCAUAUGCUCAUUUGCCAUGCCUCAACCAUCAAACUUUACAAGGAGAAAUAUCAGGAAACUCAGAAGGGAGAAAUAGGGAUAACACAAGUGUCUAAUUGGAUGGUACCACAUUCGAGUACUAAACUCGACAUCGAAGCAGCGCAACGAGCUCUUGAUUUUAUGUACGGAUGGUUUAUUCAUCCUGUAGUAUAUGGAGAUUAUCCAGAAAUAAUGAAAUCCUUAAUUGGAAAUCGGUUACCAAAAUUCACUAAAGAGGAAAGUUCACUGCUUAAAGGAUCAUUUGAUUUUCUGGGAGUAAAUUACUAUACUGCCACUUAUGCUUCUCAUAUUUCCUCUCCCAAUUCCAAUAUUACCAGCACUACUGAUAAUAUGGUUCAUUUUUCAUCGGAUAUUGAAGGUGUACCCAUCGGUGACCCGACCGGAGUGAACGGAUUUUAUGUCUACCCGGAAGGACUUUACGAACUUCUAAUCUACACGAAAGAAAAUUACAAUAAUCCAACUAUUUACAUUACCGAAACCGGUAUUGGCGAUCAGAAUAACGGCGACGUAGAAAACGGUAUCAAAGACGUACAAAGAAUUGAUUUCUACAAUCGCCAUAUCCGAGGUGUUCUACAAGCAAUACAACAAGGUGUAAAUGUGAAGGGUUUUUUUGCAUGGUCAUUUUUGGAUAAUUUUGAAUGGGUCUCCGGGUACACUAUUCGGUUCGGGCUUUGUUAUGUGGAUCAUGAAAAUGGGCUGAAAAGAAUUCCUAAACAAUCAGCUCUUUGGUUCAAGAAUUGGCUCACCAUGAAAUAAAAUAAUGGGAUUCAAUUUUGUGUUAUUAUUAAUAUUAUAUUGGAAGUUUGUUUUAAUCUCUAUUUAUUUUAGCAAUCAAACUUGAUAGUUGCUUUGUCUACCUCUCUUUAUUGCAAUCCUUUUUUUUGUUUUGA